AUGGCGACGAAUACUUACUUGCCCUACGCCGCCACCAUCGAGCCUUUCGACGGGGGUGAUUUCAAAGACUAUCGCGAACGCGUUGAAUUUUUCUUCUGUGCCAAUAGUAUUGGUGUCGUGGCGUCCAAUGCCUCUUCUGGUGAAAAGAGAGCAGCGGAGAAGAGAAUGACAGCGCAUCUAAUUUCCCUGCUCUCUAAGACGGUCUACUCAACCUUGAAAUCCCUGAUCCUACCUGACGAGAUCGCGUCAAAGAAGUAUGACGAGCUUUGUGCUGUACUGGAGAAAUACUACAAAAAGAACACUACCCCAACCACCGCCGCUUUUCAGUUUCGCCAAGUCUCCCAAGCUCCGGGUGAAACUACAGUCGAUUUUGCUAAUAAACUCAAGCGUGCUGCUGUCGAUUGUCAAUUUGGCUCCCAUCGUGACCGAGCCCUCACGGACCAGUUUAUUUCGGGCAUGGCAAGCUCGACGAUACGACGGAAAUUAUUACUCUCCAAGGAGUCCGAUAUUGACACGUUUGAGAAAGUCAUCGACCUGGCUAGCAAGGAGGAACUGGCCAUUUCCUACUCAAAACAAUUCACUGCACCCUCUGCUGCUUCUGCGUCGAUCGGGUCUCCCACGGACAUUCCCGUACACAUGACGAAGGAACGUCGAUCCACCAAGCAGCCGAUGGCGUCCGGAAAGCGUUGUUUUCGCUGCGGGUCGGAUAUGCACCUGGCAAACAAGUGUCGACAUAAGGACGCCGAGUGCCGGUACUGCCACAAACGGGGGCAUCUGGAGAAGGUUUGUCGUACUAAACUGCAGAGAGACAAGCGUGACUGUCACCAUGUCAUGGGUGAGGAUCUUUCUACCUCCGACUCUGACUGUGAAGACGCAGGUGAGAGCGUUCCAAUGUAUACUGUACGUGAUACUACAGGCAGCGUACCCCCGUUUGCUGUGGAUGUUGUAAUCAAUGAGGUACCCAUCCCUAUUCGCAUGGAAGUUGAUACUGGCAGUGGUGUGUCCAUACUAAAUAAACGGGAUUUCGAGAAGCUGGGUGGGGUUCUGUCUACCUUACCUAAAUCCACCGUACUGUUGAGGGGUUUCUCUGAUAAGCCUAUUACCUGCCUGGGCGAGCUUGAAAUGAAUGUCACCUUGAAUGGUACGACAGCGCCCGUUAAGCUCAGAGUUGUAGAUGUCUCGGGACCAUCCCUUUUGGGAAGGGACAUGCUACAACUGUUUCAAUUACCAUGGAAUGAAAUCUUCUCUGUCAAAACUAGAAUUGAUGAAACCGUGGCACAAAUUCAACUGCGUGAGGAAAUUAUGGCCCAAUUUCCAGAUCUGUUUGAUUCUACCUCAAUGGGCAAACUAAACACAAUGAAGGUCAACCUGCGUGUUGACGACGCACACCCGGUUUUCCUCAAGCCUCGCAAAGUCCCAUUUGCAAUUACUGAGAAAUACGAUGAGGCUCUUGAUCAACUCGAGCGCGAUGGCAUUCUCGAGAAAGUUGAAUAUUCACAAUGGGCAACGCCAACUGUUCCGGUCAAAAAGCCGGAUGGCUCGAUUCGCAUUUGUGCGGAUUACUCGCGCACUCUAAAUGCACAUUCACCGCUGGAAAGCUAUCCGCUACCUACAAUCGCUGAGAUCCGCGCUAAAUUGUCAGGCGGUACGAAAUUCACCAAAAUCGAUCUCAAGCAGGCGUAUCACCAGCUCGGGCUCGAUGAAUCAUGCCGAAAGUACACCACUAUCAAUACUCACCGUGGUUUGUUUGAAUAUGUGCGCUUACCGUUCGGUGAACACUCGGCUGUUGCCAUUUUUCAGCGCACCAUGGAGACUGUGCUGGCUGGCAUCGAUGGAUGCAUUGUAUACAUCGAUGACAUUGUGGUUACGGGCAAAACACCUGACGAGCAUCGAGCGACCCUUGUGAAAGUUCUCCAGCGCCUGCAAGAAGUCGGCAUGAAACUAAAACUCGAGAAGUUUGAAGUCAUGCUUGACAGCAUCUCCUACUUGGGGCACACAUUCUCAGCGGAGGGUGUAUCGCCAUCAGCCGAGCACACUACAGCCAUGAAAGACGCAAAACCUCCAACUACUGACAUCAAGGUCCAAGUUGACGCCUCAGGCGUAGGUCUAGGAGCGGUGCUAUUGCAAGAAGAGCGACCUGGUCAUUUCCGUCCCAUUGCAUAUGCCUCGCGUGUUUUGACCAACGCGGAAAAGAACUACUCUAACAUCGAGCGAGAGGCGCUUGCCGUGGUGUUCGGAGCUACUACUUUCCGCCAGUACCUUCUCGGUCGCAAGUUCAUUUUCGAAACAGACCACCAGCCGCUUGUUAAACUGCUUGGGUGUACAGACGGCGUUCCGUACUUGGUGUCACCGAGACUCAAGAAAUGGAAGUUGGCCCUAGCGGCAUACGACUACUCUAUCAAGCACAUCCCAGGGCGCCAAAACCCAUUCGCUGAUUUCAUGUCGCGCCAACCUGGUCCUGGCGCUCCCUGCUCCGACGAGGUAGCUGAUGAACAGGUACUAUUCAUUGAAAGCGAAGUCAUUAAUGCGGACACAGUUGCUACCGAAACGCAACGGGAUCCUAUACUGAAGACAGUUUGGCACCAUGUACUGAAUGGGUGGCCGGAAACCAUUGAUCAAACUCUACAGCCGUACUUUGCGAAGCGCUGGGAGUUGUCUGUGUCUGACAAUAUCCUUCUUUGGAACGAUCGUGUCAUUGUUCCAGAAUCAUUACGUGAGUUCUUGCUGAACGAUCUUCACUAUGAACACACAGGUGUAGUUCCUAUGAAACGCUUGGCACGUCGCUACAUGUGGUGGCCUCGUAUCGACAGAGAUUUGGAGCAGGUUUGCGCCCAGUGUCCGGAAUGCCAAGCUGAAGCACGCCUGCCAGCGAAGGAGUUUGGUAGCUGGUCAUGGCCGACGGGACCUUGGCAACGCUUACAUAUUGAUUACGCCGGUCCUUUCAUGGGCAAGAUGUUUCUUGUCAUUGUUGAUUCAUAUUCUCGAUUUCUGGAUAUUGUUCCUAUGGACCGUGCAACGUCCGCUACUACUAUCGCUGCUUUACGCCGUGUCUUCGCUUUGUUUGGCCUACCACAUCACAUCGUAUCGGACAACGGCUCACAAUUCACGAGUGAAGAAUUUCAAUCAUUCCUACACAAUAAUGGCAUUCGACACACUUGUUCCGCUCCUGGACAUCCGGCGACCAACGGGUUAGCAGAACGCUAUGUUGGGGUUUUCAAGUCAAAAUUGAAAGCCAUGGGUACGCAGGGUGACCUACACGCUACGCUACAACGCUUCCUCCUGUCACAUCGUACAACCCCUUCAGCAAACAACAAGUCACCAGCUGAGAUGCUUAUGAUGCGUCAACCACGUACCCGUUUUGACACGCUAAAACAGACCGCCAAACCGUCUGUUGACGCUUACGAACGCAACAUGAACAAGACCCCAGAAUUCCAACCAGGCGACGCUGUGUUCACUCUAAAUUUUGGCUCUUAUGGUUCAAAGUGGGUCCCAGGUCGCAUCGUGUCAGUCAUCAGUCCAGUCAACUACCAAGUUCAAGUUCAGGAUGCUUUGUGGAAGCGUCAUCGCAACCAGUUGAGAGCACGUUCAGUUCCUUUGUCUGAGUUUGUGAGGGAGGAUGUGGCUGAAGCUCCCCCUAAAUCGACGCAUCAGGCUCCAUCGUCAUCCGCUGAUACUGGUCCCAGUGUUUCUUCUACCGGUACAGUUUCAAGUUCAAGUCCUACUACCGCUGAGAAACAACCGUCAAGUCAGUCAACAGUCAGCCCUACACCAACAACCACGACAAUACCUACGGAUAGUGAGUCUGAGUCUAGAAUGCCAACACCAUCGACACCUGGUCAGAACACUAGUACGACCCGGUCCGGCCGCCAGGUUGUCAUACCUGAACGGUACCGCACUCAAGCCAAGUAG